AGAAUCAUGACGAUAGUACUCUGUUACUGUGGCGAUGAUUGACCCUGAAUCAGAGCCACGCCUACACCUUGAGCCACAUUGCAUUGCAGCAGGGCUUCUUUAAAAGGCGCACUUGCUCCAGUUCAGGCACACUUCAACAAACUCUCUCUAAACGCACUUCCUACUAACCACUCUCAGUUUUACCAGCAUAUGGAAAUGGAAGACCAGAUGGAAAGCCAGAAGAGGAGAGGAAUGAGCAAAGAGGACUUGAUAUCCGAACGCACAGUAUCUUUGGGAGCGUGCGGCUGGAUCAUAGUUAUACUCGCUGGCCUAUUCACAGUUCUGCUCUUCCCCAUAACGAUCUGGUUUUGUCUGAAGAUCGUUCAGGAGUAUGAGCGAGCUGUCAUCUUCCGACUGGGCCGCAUCACAGACAGGAAGCCUAAAGGACCAGGAAUUUUCUUUGUUUUGCCAUGCACUGACUCCUUUGUGAAAGUGGAUCUGCGAACCAUUUCAUUUGACAUCCCACCACAAGAGAUCCUGACCAAAGAUUCAGUUACAGUUAGCGUAGAUGGCGUGGUCUACUUCCGCGUCAGUGACCCCAUCGCAUCUGUGGCCAAUGUUAGCCAUGCUGACUUUUCCACCCGUCUGCUGGCACAAACCACCCUUAGAAAUGUCCUGGGAACCAAGAACCUGGCUGAAGUCUUGUCUGACCGCGAGGGCAUCGCUCACAGCAUGCAGUCUAACUUGGAUGAAGCCACAGACAACUGGGGGAUCAAGGUGGAGCGUGUGGAGAUAAAAGACGUGAAGCUGCCGGUUCAGCUGCAGAGGGCCAUGGCCGCUGAGGCCGAGGCUGCGCGAGAGGCCAGGGCUAAGGUGAUCGCAGCAGAGGGUGAGAUGAAUGCAUCCCGGGCCCUGAAAGAGGCUUCCCUUGUGAUUGCCGAGUCUCCCUCAGCCCUUCAGCUUCGCUACCUCCAGACUCUCAGCACCAUCGCAGCAGAGAAGAACUCCACCAUUAUCUUCCCCCUGCCCAUGGAUGUCAUUUCCCACUUCAUGAGGAAGUGAGGUCGCCGGCUUGAUGACGCCUCAGCUUGUUGCUCAUCGUGAAGCUUGAAUCAAACGACUGAUUUGCAUAUAUGUGCAUAAAAAAACAAAAAGCUGUUGCGAAUGCCAAAGAGUAAUCACAGAAAAUCUUCAUGUUUACUUCAAGGUGUGACUUGACUAAACCUUGUUGUUAUUUGUCUAGAACAAUAUUCUGAUAAACUUUUCCAGUAAGUUGUCUGCAAUUCAUUAUACAGUGCAUGAAUGACUGAAUGUUUUGUUAUAUUUCCGUAAAUGAACAAAGCUUUUGCUGCUUUGUAAUUAUUGUGUUUGUAACAUUCUUUAUAGUUUAUAUUCUCAUCGCUUAACAGAUGAUGUUAUUUCUCUUUUGAAUUUAUUUGUUAACUACCAAAAGAUUCUUUCAUUUCCAAAAAUAAAAGUAAUAUAAAAAGAAGUAACAUCUUGUGUAGAGAAUUAUUUUGUGGCGUCUUAAAAGAUGAGAAGAUUGUUGUUUGAAGAAAAGACAAGUGAUGACAAAAAGUAAGUCAGGGCUUUGAACUAAUAAACUAGCUCUGAAUAUACAGCAGCUAAACACACGUUAGUACUACUAAAAUGAACACAAGGAUUUCCCUCACUUUUCUUAAACAUUUUAAUACUCUGCUCUCCCCCAAAAAGAACAAAUCAAAGGCAUCAACAUACUGUGCAUCACAUUACAUUGAUGAACUAUUUCAUUCUUCAUUUUCUAGGUCUCCUACGCUACAGUUACAUUUUUGACAAUCACAAAUGCUGAGAGGUUAAAUAAGAGAAAGGGAGAGCGAUAAAACAGCAAAGACAGAAAAGAAAAACAAAACAAAAAACAUGCUUCUAUUACUCUGUUGGUGCACUAAGACACAGCUCAUGUUGUAAAUGUAUUUACAUUCAAACGUACAAUCAGUGCCAGAACAAACAAUAUUCUGUAAACCUUGUUCCUCUACCAGUUCCAAAAUGAGUCUUUGUAUAGUUUACACACACAAAUUCAAAUUUAAGAGCUGAAAGUCGACAAACAUUUGCUACGACAGCAUUUAAAUAUUAAAAUGGGCAUUUUGCCCCCUAAUAAAUGGAAUAAAUUACUCGUGUAUUACGGGGAGGCUCAGCCAAGUGCUACAUGUUAAAUGGCUGCUACAUAGUCGUCAGACAAAAGGUCCUUGUAUAUUAAACAAAAUCACAUGAACAAAUUGUAAAAAAGGAAAAAAAAAAACCCUAAAACGCAGUGGUUAGGUUUUUGACAUUCAGCACAUAG